GUCAGCGCAGACUGUUGGAUACCGCUGAGAAAAACGAAAUAAAGUCACACGACAUGGCAUGAUGAUGAUCCCAACCACACUGCUAAUGCAGUGAAAUCACAUUUGGAGGAAAAAACUGCUGAUAAAAAACCCUGACAGACUGCAGAUCUGAAGAUUAUAGAAGCAGUGAGGCAUUGCCUGGACAGAGGAAGGAUUAAAAAUAGCCCAAAUCUAAAGACCAGCUGUGGGAAAUGCUGAAGCAGAACUCCCUCAGCAACCUGUCUGUAAGGAGGAGGAGGAGGAGGUUCUUGCUGACCAGCAGCUCUGUAUGCAAGAGAGGAUCUCCAGUCUGGACCAAGAGGACCGAGAGCCUCCACAGAUUAAAGAGGAACAGGAGGAGGUCUGCACCAGUCAGGAGGGAGAGCAGCUUGUACUGAAGCAGGAGACUGAUGACUUCAAAUCAAGUCCCACUUAUGAGGAAAAUGAUCACAGUGAAGAUCAGACUUUGAACUUCAACUCUGAUGACACUAAAAGUGCAGCAGAGAAAGAGUAUGUAGUCUACCUGCCAGUUAUAAGCUUUGUGGUACCAGAGCCAAACGAUGACAACCAGCUGCUCUCUCACAACGCUAAUGAAGCUGAGAGUGGAGAUCAGAAAAGAAAAGAGCACGGAGACUCUGGAUCAGCUACAAACGCAGAGCCAAAACCAAAACAAAGACACCACGAAAGUGGAAGCCACAGUAACAAUCAAUACAACUCUACCGUGUCCAAAAUUCAGUGUAAUACCGACACAGGUAAAAAGCCUUUAAAAUGUGACACAUGUGGGAAAGCCUUUAAGUGUAAGUCAAAGUUGAAAAUACACUUGAGAAUCCACACGGGUGAGAAGCCGUAUUCGUGCAAAACAUGCGGGAAAGAUUUCAGACGCGGCAGUACCUUGAUAGACCACAUGAGAACACACACAGGUGAGAAGCCGUAUUUUUGCAAAACAUGCGGCAAAGACUUCAGGUUUAGCAGUGACUUAGCACUCCACAUGAGAAUGCACACUGGUGAGAAGCCAUAUUUCUGCAGCACCUGUGGGAAAACAUUCAGUCGGACAUCAGAAUUGAAAAGUCACAUGACAAUCCACACAGGUGAAAAGCCACAUUUGUGCAAAACCUGUGGGAAGGCGUUCAGACUCAACUGCAGCUUGAUAGCUCACACGAGAAUCCACACAGGUGAGAAGCCAUACCCUUGCAACACCUGCGGGAAAAGAUUCAUUCGGAAAUCAGAACUGAAGGCUCAUAUAAGAAUCCACACGGGUGAGAAUCCAUAUUCCUGCCAAACAUGUGGGAAAGAUUUCAGAUAUAACAGUCGCUUGUUAGUCCACAUGAGAAGAGCACACACUGGUGAGAAGCCGUUCAUUUGUCAGAUCUGCGGAAAAAGCUACUUUGAUGCAGCUCAGUUGGCGAGGCAUAAAAGAAAGCACGCAAGCACGUAGCCUUGUGUUUGCAAAAUAUGUGGGAGACGAUUCAGGUCUGGUGGUCCAUUGUCAGAACACAAGAACUCAGAUGUGAGGAGCUACACAACUGCAGCACUUUAAAAACACCUGAGGAACAAUACACACAGGAUCCUUGUGGAGACAUGCUAGCACACUGAAUCCACUUCUGCUAUUGUUAUAUCUUUGUAAUUAAAUGUAUACAAUCUAGCAUUAAAAAGAGGUCAUAAUGUCCAAGUGUAAUGAAAAAGUACUUUAUCAGUAAUGUCGUAAAGUUAUGUUGAACUAACUUUAGUUUUCUUCCUUAUGUUACUGCAUUACUUGCAUGUUUAGCAACAGUAUUUCUUUGAAACAAUCCUACUAUCUCAAAUCCUUCAAAAAUCUUUUUUUUUUUUUGCACAGUGGAGCUCAUAGUUCCUACAAAUGUUUGACAUGUUAAACCAAUAUUUUUUAUUUAUUUUUGUACAAUUUUUUAUACACUUUCAAUUAUAUCAGUGGAUUGUGAAACUGUCUCUGUAGUAGCCGUCUCACUUUCACUGUCAUCCUGCCAACUAGUGUUUUUGUCUGCAUUAUGCCAUUUGAUUUCAUAUAUUUAUAUAUAUUUUCUUUGAUUGCAUGAACUUGAUAUAUUUUUGUUUUGUUUUGGGCGUUAAAGGUGAGAGAAACACACGCUGUAGAUGAUGCAUUUCAUGGUGUUGUAAACAAAUGGGCAGUAAUGUAUGUAAUGAAUGUUGAACUACAUAAACAGCAGUUUGACAAGUGAUGAUCAGUGCCAAAUGGGACAUGGGUGACAAAAAAUAUAAACUAGUCAUGACAAAGAAUAGUUUCUAUUAGAGUUUAAGGUUAUACCAUGCAUGAUGUGUUUAAUGUUGCAGCUCACAGGCUACCUGCCGUUUGGUAGUGAAAUAAGUGCAGCUGCCUCAUAUUGAACAAGCAUAUAUGCAAUGAUGGAAUGUGACUACAUGUACUCAAUGACUGUAUUUAUAUACACAUUGGUGUUGGCCAAGAUUUUUGUAAUUUACACAAAUCCAGUGAAAAUAAAUAAAUAUCCAUUUUAAAGUA